UUCUCCAGACGGAUUGACCAAUAGGAUGAGAGGAGGUCUAUUUGAACGGAGCAAAGCGGGCUAGCAAACAUUCGAGAGGGAAACAAAGAGGGUGAACGUGUUUCUACUGUUGGACAAGAAAACCUGGAUUAAUUGACUUUUUUCUCAUCAGUAUACUUUGGCAGUCAUAUAAGCAGGUCUCCGUCAUCAUGUCUAACAAACAGAUUUACUACUCUGAUAAAUAUGACGAUGAAAAGUACGAGUACAGGCAUGUAAUGCUACCCAAAGACAUUGCAAAGCGGGUACCCAGGACUCAUUUGAUGUCAGAGACCGAGUGGAGGAACCUGGGGGUCCAGCAGAGCCAAGGAUGGGUUCAUUACAUGAUUCACCAGCCAGAGCCGCACAUCUUGCUGUUCCGGCGCCCUCUGACCUGCCAAAAGGCAUAAGGGAGAGAAUCUCCGGGUCCUUUUUUGAAGAUCGAGUCCUACCUGCCACAGAUCAACUCAUCAAACUAGGGAUCAUGCUGUCAGAUUAACAAACUCUGGUGUGGUAGGUGACUUGGGCUGAUCAUGUCGGACCUGGAGAAGGACUAUCACAUGUAUGAACAGUGGUUAUGGAAUGAAGUAUUCGUUGAAGAAAAAAAAAAAUCAUCACCCUUCUCUUAGGGAAAAGACUUCUUCAUGUGUUUAACAGCAGCGACACGCCGUCUGCCAGAAAACCUUGAAAUCAGCUUACAGUCUUUUUUGACUUAAAUCUGUCCAACAUGCUGAACCUGCUUGGAUAUUCCAGCUUUUUUAGAACGAUUGUUAUAAGAUGUGGAGAGUGAAACUUGAUCAAACCUUUUGAGUGAUUCUGACAGAAUGAAUUCUGGGUCAAGCUCGGGUCACAAGCCAGACACAAUCCUACAUUUAAAGUUUGACUCUGAAACAUCAAAGUGCGGUUUUGAAGUGACAUGUUGCUGCUUGGUUUAAAUGACACUGUAAAUUGGCAUUUAACACUGUUUUUUUGUCAUGUGCCUGAAAAGCCGCAACGAUGAGAGUCUCUUAGAAACUAGUUUUUUGAUCCCUUUAUCCAUAAGAGCAUAUUAUAUUAGUUUUGGCCUACUUUAAAACAAAUAACGUUGAUGGCUCUGCUUGUACCAGUCAGCUGCUCAGUAUUUAUGAAUGUGUUGCCCUUUCUGAAAUAAAUGUAAGCUUUUUAAAUCUUUACUUUGGCAGUAUUUGGGGUUUACAACUACUGUACGAUUACACAGAGCCACCUGACACAUGAACAUACUUGUGACAAUGAAAUAAAUGGCGAACGCUACCCUAAAAAUGCUCUUAUAGAAUAAAUGUGGAUCACUGAACGAGAUGUUGGAAAGCCAUUUAUUUCAGAUUGUGGUAUUGAAUACUAUUGCAUCAAGGCACUUGUUAUCAUCUUCGUACUUGCACCCACUCUGACAUGUUUGUGUUUACCGUCUAUUCCUCGUUACUACCACACACUGAGCUGCUCUGCUGUCACCGAGGCUCAACAUUUUGCCUUGAAUAAUUGUUCUUUGAACGUGUGCCUUUUUGUAAGGUUUGCUUUUGUUCAGUUCUCUUUGACAAUUAUUUUUUUUUAUAAUUACAUGUGUAGGCGUGGAGCUGUUCCACCUUUCAUAAUUAUUAAAAAGAAUAGAUGCAAUCAAAUCAAA